AUGCGCAAUUUCACUGUCAACUUUGGUCCCCAGCAUCCCGCUGCUCACGGUGUGCUUCGUCUGAUUCUCGAAUUGAAUGGUGAGGAGAUCAUCCGCGCCGAUCCCCACGUCGGUCUCUUGCAUCGCGGUACCGAAAAGCUGAUUGAGUACAAGACAUACCUCCAGGCCCUUCCUUACUUUGAUCGUCUUGAUUACGUUUCGAUGAUGUGCAAUGAGCAGGCCUAUUCACUUGCUGUCGAGAAGCUCCUCAACGUCGAAAUCCCCGAACGCGCAAAGUACAUUCGCACCAUGUUUGGCGAAGUGACCCGUAUUCUGAACCAUAUCAUGUCAAUCAUGUCCCACGCAAUGGAUGUCGGUGCCCUGACACCUUUCUUGUGGAUGUUCGAGGAGCGUGAGAAGCUCAUGGAGUUCUACGAACGUGUGUCGGGUGCCCGUCUUCACUCGGCCUACGUCCGUCCCGGCGGUGUUGCCCUUGAUUUGCCCAUGGGUCUCUUGACUGAUAUCCAUCUCUGGGCCGAACAGUUUGCUGACCGUGUGGAUGAAAUUGAAGAGCUCUUGACAGGAAACCGUAUCUGGAAGGUCCGUACCCAGGGUGUUGGUGUUGUCACUGCCCAGGAAGCCCUCGACUGGGGUUUCUCAGGUGUCAUGAGCAGAGGUUCAGGCAUCAAGUAUGAUAUUCGUAAGGCUGCCCCUUACGAUGCCUACGACAAGGUCGAGUUUGAUGUGCCUGUUGGUAUGAACGGUGAUUGUUACGAUCGUUACAUGUGCCGUACCGAAGAGAUGCGUCAGUCUCUCCGUAUCAUUUCCCAGUGCAUUAACACUAUUCCCGAAGGACCUAUUAAGGUCGAUGACUGGAAGAUUGCUCCUCCUCCCCGUGCUGCCAUGAAGGAGAACAUGGAGGCUCUUAUCCAUCACUUCAAGCUUUACUCUGAGGGUUACUCCGUUCCUCCUGGUGAGACUUACACUGUAAUUGAGGCCCCCAAGGGUGAGUUUGGUGUCUUCUUGGUGUCAGACGGAACCAACAGACCUUACAGAUGUAAGAUCAAGGCUCCUGGUUUCUUGCAUCUCCAGGGAUCUGACUUCAUGUCUCGCGGUCACCUUCUCCCCGAUAUGGUCACCAUCAUUGGUACCAUGGAUAUUGUGUUUGGUGAAGUCGAUCGAUAA